AUGGCUUCAGCUGAAGAUUCCGGAGCCUCGUCAUCGUUAGAGGUCGCCGAUUUGAGCGACUCCAUAACCCGCCUGAAAAUGAACCACUCUUCCGACGAACAUGCCGAUGAUGCUCCUCCCUCGUCCAGUGACGGUAACAACAACGUCUCCGAUGAUGUCAUCAAUCAAGUUGACCAGUUCCUUCUUGAUGCGGUUCAGAACCCCCGCGAACGCCUUUCCAUUUUGCGGAUGGAGCAGGAUGUUGUGAAGUUCAUUCAUGAUCCUAAUCAACAUCAGCUUGAAUUUCAGAAACUACCAACUUCCUAUUUGCGGUUGGCUGCACAUCGGGUGGCUCAGCAUUACUCGUUGCAGUCAAUGGUUUUAGUGGAUGAUAGUUUACCAGAUGGUUCUGGGUCAAUAAUUAUUGUCCACAAGACUUUUGCAUAUAAGCCUCCUCUUGUUCGUCUUGCAGACAUUCCUGUAAAGUUACCAUCAGAAGACAAUACUCUCAAGAAGGUUGCUAUUAAACAGAGACCACAGAAGCAGUCUCUAGUAAGUGAUACAGAUUCAAACUCAGUUAAGAAUCGAAACUCUAAAAGUGUAGAAGAGAGAACAGAGGAGUAUAGUAGGGCUCGGGCUAGGAUCUUUAGUUCAAGUGAUAAUUGUAGUACUCUGGGUGGGAAGCCAGGCUGCGAGUCAGGGAAGCAGGAUAACUCCUUACUUUGUUCCUUGGAUUUUUCUAGGGUUGAAGAUAAACCUUCUUCUGUGCCGGAUGUCAGUUCCAGUAGGGUGUUGGUUGAGUCGUCCACAACUAACAUCAGGGCUAGAAGUAGGGCAGAGAAGGAAUCGGUUGGUAGGCCUAUGCAGAGUAGUAGGGUGGCGAUAUAUCGGGACCGUGAAAUUGACCGCAAGGAUCCUGAUUACGACAGGAGCUAUGAAAGGUAUGUGCACCGAUUUGACCCUGGAUUUGGGUUCAAUGGAGGACCAUACAUCAUGCAGCCGAUGUAUACAGCUGUAUCAAAUUACCGCACUGAUUUAUCACAGCUUGGAUCCACUCAUGAACUGCAGCUUUUUACUGAACAGCAUCCACAACCUCCUUUCCAGCACAUACCUGGGCCAUGGGCUCCACCAUUACCUGCUGGAAUAGGAUAUGGAUAUCCAGAGGCCAUGUUACCAUUUAAUCCUAGACAAGUUGGUACAUGCUCUGCACCGGCUUUGUAUUUGCAUUCAUCUCACUAUUCUUGUCACUGUCAUGGAGUGCCUUUUAUUCCCCAUGAACCUCUUCAUCAACCAUUUCCACAGUCUCAUCAACCACCACCUGAUGCAAAUUUUGGACUGGCCUGGCCCUGGUAA